AUGUCGCUCAUCACCACCGCCAUGUCUUCAAACAAGUCUGGAAAAGGGACCAGCACGGAGCUUUGCCUUGCCUCUGCCAAGUCUGGCUUCCCUGAGACCGAUUUCAUCAUCCCCAGCAACAUGAUCGACAAGGACGCUCUCAUCACCGCCACCCUCCUCUACCUGCCACCGGAGCUGACGCUUCGAAUCCUCGAGGAGAUGGACAACGAUGUCGACCGCAUGUGCCUCGGCCUCAGCUGCCGCCGCCUCCUCCAAAUCGUCAACCAGAGCAAGCUGCGACUGCCCUGCAUGAAAGCCAGCCGCAAGGUCCGCAACAUCCACCAGGACAACAAGCUCGCCUUCUCCAUGUUGAAGCGCGUGUACCCCCUCGGCCCCAGCGGCAACCCGCGAACGGAUGCCGCGCUCUGCGAGUCCUGCUUCAAGUGGAUGAGCAUGAACCACCACCUCUCUUCAACUAGGAGCAUUGUCCUCUCAGAGGUUCGUGUGUGCUGGGACAAGAGACUCGACCUGGCAGGCAUCUUCUUCGAGUGCGCCGCCUGCAGGAUGCGCGAUGGCGCGCCGUCGAUGGAGAGGCUUCGACGCCAGAAAAUUUCCACGCUGUCCGCCGUUCUGGAUCCAGCCAGCUUCUGCUCCGCUCCCGUCUGGACCAGCCGUGUGAACAUGCACAAUGGCAGCGAGGUGGAUCCAUAG